UCCGACUUAAGCAGGGGAGGACGCCUCGCGUGGGGUGCAGGAGAUGCUGCUCCGGGCUGGGGUUCGCCUUCGCGCGCCCAGCCUCCGACUGUGGCUGCGAGGCGCCGGGAGAUGUCAUGCGCUCCUGUUUACCGAGAAGCGUCCUGGAGUCCUGGAGUCGGGCCAGCGCUCCGUGGCUCCCCUAUGCAGGCCGCGAGUCGGGUGGCGUGGAGCCCCGGGAUCUCUCUCCGCGAUCGUCGCGAGCGAGCAGGUUCCAUCUUUCCAUGUGCAGCCUCUUCGCAGCUUCAGCACAUCCUCCCUGCAUGAAGAUUCUGAAUAUGGCAGAUUAGUUUAUCGUGGAAAUAUGGCAAGGGCAGUGCUAGGCGUGAAGUUCUUCUCUUACUCUACCAGCAUGUUUAGUCUCAGCAUGAUACCUAUUAUCUUCUACAAAACUGGUGUGGUUGUCGACAACCUUCCCUUGCAAGUUAUGUUUUAUAGCGUUUUAGGAUUCUUUACAUUUGUAACUCCCGUUACCCUGCAUUUGAUUACAAAGGGUUACAUUAUCCGCCUGUACCAUAAGCCUGAAACAGACACUUACACAGCUAUUACGUAUAAUGUUAUUUUGUCGGAAAAGAAAACCGUGUUCCAUCAAAAGGAUGUGAAGGUUCCCGACAUCAGCAAGAUGUUCACGACGUUUUAUGCUAAAACGAAAUCAAUGCUUGUUAACCCUAUGCUUUUUCAAUAUCCUGAAGACUAUAAUCACCUUAUGGGUUAUGACAAGCCCUUCACGUUUGACUUUGAAGAAUCAAAAGAAUCCAGCGAAGGGAAGUAGAUGUUUCUGAAUAAAAUGUGUGUAUACGUGCAGGCUAUUGAUAAUUCUUUCAUAGAAUCCAGGAUACAAAAUCCUAGAGCACUUUUUUUCUUCAUUAAAAGUAGUUUGUUCAGUGAAAGGAACACUGAUUAAAAUGAAUAAAACUGGAGUUGGUUACAAAAGGAAUUUACAUAAAUGGGGUGAUGUUUGGUCGAUCUUUGAUUAGUUGAAGGCUUGCUUUUAAUCAUACGAAAGAGUCUUUUGGUCAUCUUUGGAAAAUCAAAUUAAGCCAACAUAUGCAUGAACUCCUUGCAACCAUACACAGCUCUUUUACCCUUUAUUCAAGCAGGGAAACAAUUCAGGAAGCCCCAUUAACUGUAGUUUUCCAUUUCAGAUGUAACAGGAACGACAGUUAAUGACUAUCCAAACAAGCCAGGAUUCAGAACCAUUAACUAUAGCUUUCUGUGCAGAUGGAACAGUUCUUAAAUUGCUGGGGGAGUGCAUGGUUAAGAAAGGGUUAAGAUUUUGGUGUACCUGAAAACCUCUUUGGUCUCAAAUGUUAAAAAUUGAAUAUCCUGAAAAGAGUAUCAAGGAACGCAACAAGGGUUUGCUAAGAUGUCUCUACCUAUAUAAACCACUAGAGGGACUCAUAACUGUAGCAUUAGUGAGGCCUUGAAAAUACAGUGGUACCUCGGUUUAUGAACACAAUUGGUUCCGGAAGUCUGUUCAUAAACUGAAGCGUUCAUAAACUGAAGCGAACUUUCCCAUUGAAAGUAAUGGAAAGUGAAUUAAUCCGUUCCAGAUGGGUCCACAGCAUUCGUAAACCAAAAAUUCGUAAACCGAGGUGUUCAUAAACCGAGGUUUUACUGUACCCACAUCUUUAAAGACUCUUGACAUAAACAAGCAUUACAGGCAGCUGUACA